AUGAGUGUUCCUUUUCCAGAUGUUGUGGCCCGAACUUUGCUUGACUUAAAAGUCAAAGUGGUUUUUGGUAUUGUUGGCAUUCCUGUUAUUGAGGUCUGUGAAGCUAUUCAAAAAGCUGGAAUUCAUUUUAUCGGAUUUCGUAAUGAACAGAGUGCAGCUUAUGCUGCUUCCGCUUACGGAUACUUGACCAAAACACCCGGUAUUUGUAUAGUUGUUGGUGGUCCUGGCGUAGUGCAUGCUUUGGCAGGUGUUUUCAAUGCUUCAGCUAACCGUUGGCCUUUACUUCUCAUGGCUGGUUCUAGCGCUACAUCACAGCGAUACAGGGGAGCAUUUCAAGAGUUAGAUCAAGUGGCAUAUCUAAAUCAAAGUACAAAGCUUGCUUUACGACCUCCCACAGCGACCAUGACUCCAGAAUUGAUUCAUAGGGCGUACCAUGUUUCUAUUAACGGAACACCGGGUCCUUGCUACGUUGAUCUUCCAGCCGACUUUAUUCAAUCCUCACUUCAAGAGUCUUCCUGGAAAUCCCUCUCCUGUGUUCCUCAUCCCCUGGAGUGUGGACCCGAUCCUACGCGGAUUCAGAAGGCUGCACAAAUCUUAAAAAAUGCAAAAUCGCCUUUGGUUGUUAUUGGAAAAGGCGCUUCUUAUGCACGCGCCGAAGAAAGUAUUUUGACCUUUAUAGAAAAAACACACAUACCAUUCUUACCAACUCCAAUGGGCAAAGGUGUACUACCAGAGAAUCAUUGGUUAAACUUUUCAUCUUCGAGAUCAACUGCUUUAAAAAAUGCUGAUGUUGUUUUACUGGUCGGCGCUCGAUUGAAUUGGGUACUACAUUUUGGCUUUUCUCCACGGUGGUCAAAGGAUGUAAAAUUUAUUCAAAUAGACUCUAAUGCCGAGGAAUUGGGUAGUAAUGGCGGUGAUGUUUCCUUGGGAAUUUGGUCUGAUGUCGACUUGGCUUUACUUCGUUUAAUCGAUUCUCUACAAACCUGGAAUUAUUGCUAUGAACAAUCUUCCUACCUUAGUAUGCUUCAAAAGCAUCGCAAAAAAAAUGAGUCUAAAGGCUCGCAGUUAUUAAAAAAAGAUAUGCCUUUACAAAUGGAAAGCGCUUUAAUUGUCAUCAACGAUUCUGUUAAAUCUCUGGUGAAAGAUACACAGAGAAAUGUAACCUGGGUUUCUGAAGGAGCAAACACUUUGGACAAAGGACGCAGGAUCCUGGAAGUAACUCAUCCCCGUGGCAGACUAGACAGCGGAACAAUGGCUACCAUGGGCGUUGGUCUUGGCUAUUCAAUUGCGGCGUCAGUGGCCAAUCCUCACGAUAAAAUUGUUGCGGUAGAAGGUGAUAGUGCUUUUGGAUUUAGCGCAAUAGAACUAGAGACUGCAAUUCGUAGCAACUUGGACCUUUUGAUCAUCAUAAUAAAUAACAACGGUGUAUAUCAUGGUUUGGAUGAAUCAAAUUUUAAGAAAUUAAAGAGUCAUCAUAAACUUCCCACGACAGCCCUGUCUCCUGCAGUUCGAUAUGAUUUAAUUUGUGAAGCGUGCGGUGGAACAGGCUACUUUGUUACGAAUGUUAAUGAUUUGAAGAAUGCAAUUCAAGAUUCUUGGGGAAGGAAGACUACGUGUUUGAUUAAUGUAAUGGUAGAUCCUGAGAUGGACAAAAUAUUGAACUUUGCAUGGAUGGAUGAUGAAAAGCUAAACGCGAAACUAUAA